AUGAAAGAGAAGAAUCAAAAUUUCUUCUUCGAGCUUGAACUUGAGGUUAAUCAGUCGAUUAAGAUUGCUUUUUGGGCCAACGCAAGAAGCAGGGCUGCCUGUGAGUAUUUUAGAGAUGUUAUUUUAUUUGAUACCACUUACAAUACAAACAGAUAUAAUCUGGUUUUUGGUUCUUUUAUCGAGGUAAAUCACCACCGUCAGUCAACACUUCUGGGAUGUGCUUUAAUGAAAAACGAGGAUAUUCAAUUAUUCAAAUGGUUAUUUGAAUGUUGGCUUCAUUACGUGGAAGAAAAUACUCUAAAAGAUAUUCUUACCGAUCAAUGUGCAUCAAUGAAAGGACCAUUGAGCAGAGAAUCUGAGGAGCUGGUUGCGAUUCUGCAACGCGCUUACGAUAAUGCUAUGGUUGAGAUGCAACAAUACAAAGCCAAAAGCAAGGAGAAAUGUUCGUUAUCUCACGAAGAUGCUUCCUUCGAAGAUAUUAACGAGCUUCAAAACCACCACACGUGA